GUCGUCAUCUCAGAGCUGAGGUUCGUUCUCGACCCUCAACCGGGAACGUCACAACACGACACACCCACCCUGCCGACCACACACCAACCAACAGCUGCUCGCACCUGCGCCCAAGGCAGCCCAGAAUCGCCCCGGUCUAUCGCUGAUACCUGAUACCAGCCAGCCUCCCCCUAUCGUCACCGUACGCGCGGUUCGCCCAGGCUGCCAGAGGGAAGGAAACCUUGCUUUCGGGCCACGUCGCCAGCGCAAUACGAACCUCCCCUUCCCGACAAUAAGACAACCGCACAAGCGUUGAUCCAGAUCCACAAAUCCUGCCAUCAACCACCUCCGAGGCUGGAUCAAAGCCCAAGCAUACCAGAGCACAGGGCGCAGAGACAAAGCACUGGCUGGACCCGACCUGCCCGCCCCUCCUGUCCGCCCCUCAGCCCCUGAGGCUUCCGCAUACCGUGUGCCUGCACCACACCCCCGACCUUCCGAUCCACACCUGCUCAGGAACCUGCCACAGAGAUAACGCAGGUCACUGGGCACACCUUUUCGCCACCACGUUGGUGACCCGGAACCGUCGGUCCUGGCCCUACGGUUCUUUCUCGAAUCCCUCCGACUGAGCAUCCACAUUUGCGCCCUUCCCGGACCGCCAGGAGCAAGACGCAGUGCCCUGCGUUGACGACAAGAUGGCAUCAGCAUCAUUCCGAGACCAGAUGAAUGCCCUUGGCUGGUCUAGGCGCGGACAGGAUGAGCCUGUGAACACAUCCCAGCAGAGCGGACUGCUGUCGUCGAUCAAGUCGUUGAACCCAUUUGGCGACCGUGGCUACGUUCGCCUUCCUACGACGGAGGGCGCCGGCGCUCCACUUCCCGCAGCCUCGCGGCGGGAAGAGGAGGAAACCUGGUUUGCAUUGAAUAGAUGGGAUCGGUUAAUGAUUUUUGGUGCUUGCAACUUGGGCGCCGCGGUCUGCUUCGUUAUCUGCUUCUUUCUAUUCCCUGUGCUGUCACUGCGGCCGUCAAAAUUCGUCAUUCUGUGGACGUUGGGAUCGACAUUGUUUCUCAUAUCCUUUGCGGCCGUGAUGGGCCCAUGGGCCUACGUCCAACACUUGCUCUCCGGGCCACGGCUUCCAUUCACGGGCGCCUACUUCGGAUCCAUAAUCCUCACGUUUUACUUCGCUCUAGGGCUCCGCAGCACCAUCCUCACGCUGUUUUCCGCUAUCAUCCAGAUGAUUUGUCUCGUAUGGUAUCUUGUCAGUUACUUUCCCAUGGGUUCCAGCAGCCUACGCGUUGCCUCAAGCUUUGGCGCAAGGAGAGCUGCCGCCUGGAUGACCGGGUGAGCUGAGUACACGUGGGUGCCAUGACCGGGAAACAGGUAUUUCAUUCUAGACAUCACGAGGCGGAAAGUGGCAGUGGAGACAUGGUCUCUUUCUUACACGGCUUAUACUAUAACGGCGGUUUCAACUAGGAACAGUGGUCAUGAGAUGGAGCGGUUGGGAGUGAAUCCAUAUCGAAGCGAAGACGGGCAUGAAAGGAGGUGUAGUAAUGAUUGAGCAAGGCUCGGUACUGCAGGCGGGACCUCCACGGGAGGGCAGGCGUGAUCAGAGAUCAUGCAGCGCUUAGCUGAAUGUAACAUAGCAUAUCCAUAUCCCGGUUUCCGUAUUCCGAAGAAAUGCACGACAUACAGUACAGCUGCCGUAUCGUGCGCAGGCACUGGGGCGGUGACCGGUGACUGGUCGACUUCUGGGAGUUGAGCGCUGGGCGCGGCUAACUGAGAAAUGAGUGCGGUUCCUCUCUCUGCUGUCUGCCAUCAGAUGAAGGGUCGAUGUGACAUUGCCCUUGCAGUGGCUUUGGUUCGCGCUAUCAACCAAGGCCCUUGGAAGGGCGUCCUUCAAGGGUCGACAUCUCGAGAUCCCCUAAAUCCUCCCCAGUCACAGGGAGGCCUUUGCUGCGAGGUAUCCCGGGGCCAUGGCAAGGUUUGUCAGUUCGCAUGUGUCGCUGCCGACGCCCGUGAUGGAAUACAGUAGCGCGUCCCGUGCAAGUAUUAGCUUC